GUAUAUACGCGUGUGUGUCCACUAGUUUUUUGCUUGAAUGUUUAUCAUUUCUGUCACUUGCAAUUUGAAUAUUCCUAAUAAGUAGAAAAAUCCAAAGACUAAGAUUGUGAUCCUUUAUGUCUAUGGUAUAUUAUGAAUACAGAGACCUCGCGCCUUUAUUGGCGUAGGAAUCAUCUUGCCCUAAUAUUAAUGUUAUGAAAUCAAAAGGGUAAGACUCCUAACAUCCCACAUAACACAGCAGACAAACUAAAGUUUUAAUCUGGCUUUGGCCCUUACAAAUUUUGUGCCCUACAGCAAGUUACAUCUCGCUUAGCUUUUUUCAUUUUAAAGUGGAACUAUCUGCAUGGAUGUUCGUACAUGCUAUAUAACACAUCCUAUUCCAGAGCUACCUACCAUCAGUUGAGCUCGAAAUGGUAAAUGCCACAGCGAGCAGCAGACAGGAAGGGGCGGAGCGCCAGCGGCGCCUGGGGCUACGCGCCGCACUGGACGGAGCGGCGGCGGAGGCAAGCUUGAGUGUGAGCCGCAGGGCCGGUUUGCUCACCGUCCCGCCGGUCCCAGCCGUCGCUAGGGGGUCCGCGGGCCCUGCGGCAACCCUCGCUACAGACGCUGGGCGGGCGGCGACACCUGGCCCAUGGCCCCCACGGCGGCUCCGUCUUCCUUGGCCGUCAGGGCCUCAAGCCCCGCCGCGGCCCCCACCUCGUACGGCGUCUUCUGCAAGGGGCUGUCCCGCACCCUGCUCGCCUUCUUCGAGCUGGCCUGGCAGCUGCGCAUGAACUUCCCGUACUUCUACGUCGCGGGCUCGGUGAUCCUCAACAUCCGAUUGCAGGUACCAGGGGAAUCUAUACCUGAAGCAUUACUGGAGUCAAGCUGGGGACUGGCUCUUCCCCACUCCGGUAGAUGAGCAGAUAUUCUUUCUCUGGAGAGAAGAGUCAUUUGCCUGUAUACUUGCCUGGGAACAUUCACUAGACACAGUUGAAAACAGAGGAACAAGUUUACAGUCAACAACGAUAGACUGGAUUAAGAAAAUGUGGCACGUAUACACCAUGGAAUACUAUGCAGCCAUAAAAAAUGAUGAGUUCGUGUCCUUUGUAGGGACAUGGAUGAAACUGGAAACCAUCAUUCUCAGCAAACUAUCGCAAGGACAAAAAACCAAACACCGCAUGUUCUCAUUCAAAGGUGGGAAUUGAACAAUGAGAACACAUGGACACAGGAAGGGGAACAUCACACACCAGGGACUGUUGUGGGGUGGGGGGGAGGGGGGAGGGAUAGCAUUAGGAGAUAUACCUAAUGCUAAAUGGAGAGUUAAUGGGUGCAGCACACCGACAUGGCACAUGUAUACAUAUGUAACAAACCUGCACGUUGUUCACAUGUACCCUAAAACUUAAAGUAUAAUAAAAUAAAAUAAAGGAAACAGAGGAACAGCACUGAAAACUGAGGGAUUCACUCAAUGAUAAUGAACUCAACAUAAAAAUCCCCAGAUUCUUCCCACUAACUCUCCAAAGUGCUAAGAGACACUUUUAUACCCUUCAAGCAGAUUGAAAGUAUCUUCUUUAGGGAUACUGAACAGUCCUUUUUUAAUACGUAAAGCUGGGGCUGAGAGUUGGAAGUCCCAGCUAACUGAGAGGCUGGGGCAGGAGGAUCACUUGAGCCAAGGAGUUGGAGGAUACAGGGUGUUAUGAUCACACCACUGCAUUCCAGCCUUAGUGACUGAGAGACACUGUCUCUUAAAAAAAAAAAAAAGACCUAAAGAUAAUUUCUUUAUAUUCCAAUAUUAAGCUUCAUAUGAAAUGUCCAGAAAUUAAUGUAUCAAGAUGUAUAGAAUCUUUUUAGCAAAAACUAUAAAAAUCUAUCUAUGGGGGAAAAUGUUAAUAGAUGAAGUGAUUUGCUUUCUUUCUUUUGGGAAAGACUAAAUAUUGUAAAGAUGUUAAUCAUGCCCAAACAAUUGGGAAAUAUAUGCAUUUUUAUAUUAAAGAUACUAAAAAAUAAUCAUGAAGUUCAACUAAAAAAUUAAUAUGAGAAUAGCAAAAAAAAUUAUGAAACAUAAAAUUAAGGGGAAGGACUUGACAUACCCUCUAUUAAAAAUAUUACAAAUCUAUAAUCAGAAAAAUGUGGCUUUGGUACAAUAAUAAACUUUGGUACAAGAAUAAAUAGCUCAAAAGAAGGAAAUAGAAGAAAGCACAGAUGAAAUAUAUGUAAGAACAUAAUAUAUAAUAAAAGAUAUUUCUAGUCAAUAGGAGAAAGAUAAAUUAUUUAAUUGAGCAACUGAUUAAUCACAUGAUUGAAAGGUGAACUUAGAUUUAUAUGAUACUUUUAUACCAUAAAAAUGCUUUUAUAGUAGGCUUUAAAUUACAAAGCAAACUACUGAGAUUACAGGCGUGAGCCACCGCACCCAAUAGUUACUUUUUGAUAUAAUGACAUUUUUUCCUUUGGAUAGAUACCCAGUAGUGGGAUUGUUGGAUCAAAUGGUAGAUCUAUUUUCAGUACUUUAAGAAAUCUC